AUGGCCAACCUGACCUCAGUGAGUGGAUUCCUCCUCAUGGGGUUUUCUGCUGACCGUAAGCUUCAGAUUUUACAUGCACUGCUGUUUUUGGUGACAUACCUGCUGGCCUUGACAGGCAACCUCCUCAUUAUCACCAUAACCACCUUGGACCAUCGCCUCCAUUCCCCCAUGUAUUACUUCUUGAAGCACCUCUCUCUUCUGGACCUCUGUUUCAUCUCUGUCACUGUCCCCCAGUCCAUCGCAAAUUCACUUAUGAACAAUGGCUACAUUUCCCUUGGUCAGUGCAUUCUUCAAGUUUUCUUCUUCAUAGCUCUGGCCUCGUCAGAAGUGGCCAUUCUCACAGUGAUGUCUUAUGAUCGCUAUGCCGCCAUUUGCCUCCCACUGCACUACGAAGUCAUUAUGGAUCCCAGAGCCUUGAUGCUGAACCAAACUUCAAUCACUGAAUUUCUUCUCUUGGGAAUGACAGACAUCCAGGAACUGCAGUCUUUUCUCUUUGUUAUUAUUCUUAUAAUUUACUUUGUCAGUGUGACUGGAAAUGGAGCCAUCCUGAUAGUCGUCAUCUCUGAUCCAAGACUCCAUUCUCCUAUGUAUUUUUUCCUGGGAAACCUGUCAUGUCUAGAUAUCUGCUUCUCCACGGUGACUCUACCAAAGAUGCUGGAGAACUUCCUCUCUACACACAAAGCAAUUUCUUUCUUAGGAUGCAUAAGUCAGCUUCAUUUCUUCCACUUCCUGGGCAGCACAGAAGUCAUGUUGUUGGCUGUGAUGGCCUUUGAUCGCUUUGUAGCUAUCUGCAAACCACUUCAUUACACUGUUAUCAUGAAUCAUCAGGUCUGUAUCCAGAUGGCUGUCACUGUCUGGAUCAUUGGUUUUUUCCAUGCCCUGCUGCACUCAGUGAUGACAUCUCGCAUAAACUUCUGUGGUUCCAACCACAUCCAUCACUUCUUCUGUGAUGUUAAGCCAUUGCUCAAGCUGGCCUGUGGGGACACUGACCUCAAUGAACUUUCCUGUUCUGAUACCCACCUCAAUGAGGAGCUGAUGAUGGUUCUGACAGGACUCUUAGGAAUCAGCCCUCUCCUCUGCAUCAUAAGCUCUUAUGCCCAUAUUUUCCUUGCUGUAGCUCGGGUCCCAUCAGCACAGGGGAAAAAGAAAGCCCUGGCCACAUGCAGCUCCCACCUCUCCAUGGUCAUCCUCUUCUACAGCUCGGUCUUUGCCACCUACCUGAAGUCCCCGUCAGCUUCCCAUGCCUCUGGGGAGCUGGGUGCUGCUAUCAUGUACACUCUGGUAACCCCCACUCUCAAUCCUUUCAUUUAUAGUCUAAGAAAUAGGGAUGUGAAGAGAUCCCUGAAAAGGAUUCUGGGCAUAGAGAGUUCAUGGCAUUAG